AAAUGUCGUUAUGUCAAAUUAAAAACGCUGUCUUUUCUGCGAACGUUGUAUUCUUUUAAUAUUUCAAGUGGCAGUCAUUUCAUAAUGGUCUAGAAAUAAUCAGUUAAGGACGCGAACGACGCCAAGUGUCUGUCAAGUGCUAAAGAUAACGUUAGCUUGCUAGAAGGGGAAACCAUGUCUGGAAGUUUUUAUUUUGUCAUGGUUGGUCAUCAUGACAACCCCGUGUUUGAGAUGGAGUUCUUGCCAGCUGGGAAGCCCGAGUCAAAGGAUGAUCAUCGUCACCUGAACCAGUUCAUUGCACACGCAGCCCUGGAUUUGGUGGAUGAAAACAUGUGGCUGUCCAACAAUAUGUACUUGAAAACUGUGGACAAGUUCAACGAGUGGUUUGUUUCGGCCUUCGUCACUGCAGGACAUAUAAGAUUAAUCAUGCUGCAUGAUGUGCGUCAAGAAGAUGGAAUCAAAAACUUUUUCAAUGAUGUAUAUGAUUUAUACAUUAAGUUUGCAAUGAAUCCAUUCUAUGAAAUUAAUGCACCGAUCCGCUCGACAGCUUUUGAGAGGAAAGUCCAGUUUCUUGGAAAGAAACAUCUGCUGAGUUAAUCAUGUCUCAUGCACAGGGAUAUGGACGUAUCGUGUCUUUGUUGUACAUAUACCAAACACGCUUGAUGUCUGUAUGUUUGUCUUUUCAUGUUUUUCAAAAAUAACACAAAUCUGGAAUUUCUAUUAAGUUUAGUUUUUUUCAUCUGAUAUACUUUCUAAGCUAAUGUUUGUUUUUGUUUUUUUCUUGUACGGCUGGACAGUGUAUAUGGCUACUGUAUGUUAAUUAUCAACAUUAUAAAACAUUUCAAUUAUUA